UUAAAGUGUGCGGGACUGCAUAUGGUUUUAGAAUAUGAUUUUUAUAAAGAAGGUGGAGAUCCCAACUCCCUCUAAUAUGUCUAUAUAUAUGUGUGUUGGAGUGUGUGCUUCAGUGCUUUCAGGGAAUUAUCUUGACGUGGAACCUGGGCUGGACAAAGCAACCUCAAUCUGAGGAACUAACUGGCACCAUGAAACCAUUAGGUGUCUUUCUGCUUCUCUCUCUGGCUCUUUUCUGCUUCUUCUCAGUUGUCUUCGGUCAAGGAGAACAGACCAACUGUGAUGAGUUCCAUGACCCUAAGAUCUACUGCACUCGGGAAUCUAACCCCCUCUGUGGCUCUGAUGGGCAGACAUAUGGCAAUAAGUGUGCCUUCUGUAAGGCAGUGAUGAAAAGUGGUGGAAAGAUUACCCUGAUGCAUUAUGGAAAAUGCUGAAUGAGAAGCAGUUUUUUUGUGCUAGCUUACCCCCUCUCUCAUCCUUCUUUUCUUACUCCUGCUUAUACUUUUCUUUAGCAUAUACCUCAAGUGCACAAAGAUAUGCCUUCGACUCUGCCUGGGUCUUGAAGAGUUCCAUGUAUGUCUAUUUCCCUUGAUUCAUUUGUUAAUAAAGUAAAUUCUGCAGAAACA